AUGGGUAAUAAAAAUACUUCACCGCAUUUAACAAAGACUUUAUCAAUAAAUGGACAUGAAAAUCAUCGAUUUAUUCAACAACAUAAUGUAACUAAUAGUGACGAUACUGAUAAUAGCUUUGAAACAUCAUCAUAUCAAAGUAGUAAUGGUAAAAAAUAUGGUCCAUCACCACGUUUUCGUCGUCGUCGUGAUAAUCGACAUACACAUUCGGAUAAAAAAGGAAAAAAACCUCAGCCAGCUUCGUCAUAUUUAAAUGUCAGUUUGCAAUCAAUUGGUGGUCGGACAGUUAGUUUAUUUUCUCGUAGUUUUAAUUUUCUUCAACAAUCAGCUUCAUCAUCACCUAUAUGUCACUCGCAAAAUAAUCGUUAUGAUAUAUCGUUACCUAAUGAUAAUCAUUGUGAUGAUAAUAUUGGUGUACAUUCAGGUGUUUACCGUAAUCAAUCACGUCGUAAAUAUCAAACAUCAUCAUUACGAAAUCCAUAUCGACGAUCAAGUACAAAUUUUCCUGUUCGAGGACAUGAAGCAAUGUUUUUACCAGAAUUUUCAAUUAAAGGAAAAGUUACUGAAGCAGAUUUUGAAGUUAUUGAUAUUAUCGCACGAGGUGCAUUUGGUAAUGUGAUAAAAGUUUCUUCUAUACAUGAUAAACAAAUUUAUGCAAUGAAAAUUAUGAGUAAAUCUCAAAUUGUUAAAGAUCAUGCUGUUCAACAAGUGAAAGAUGAAGUAACAAUAGCACAAUCAUGUCUUUCUCAUCCUUUUAUUGUACAUACACAUCAUUAUUGGCAAUCUCGUCGUUAUUUAUAUAUAAUAACUGAUUAUGUUGAAAAUGGUGAAUUAUUAGCAUUAUGGUUGCGUAUACGUCGUUUUCCUGAAUUAAUUGUUAAAAUUUAUAUUGCACAAGUAGCUAUGGUACUUGAUUAUUUACAUAAUAAAGGUAUUAUAUAUCGAGAUGUUAAAAUGGAAAAUAUUUUACUUGAUGAACAUGGAAAUAUAAAAAUAAUUGAUUUUGGUUUAUCAAAAUGGCUUGCAUCAGGUCAACGAACAACAACAAUAUGUGGAACAUUACAAUAUAUUGCACCUGAAGUACUCAGUGUUCGACCAUAUGAUCAUCGUGUUGAUUGGUGGAGUUUAGGUAUAUUAAUGUAUGUAUGUUUAUUUGGUGAAUAUCCGGUGUCAGCUGCUAAAGACCAUAUAUCCAUGGCAAAUAAAGUAUUAAAUCAUAAAUUUCAUUUACCAUUAAAUGGUUUAGAAAAUAAAACUGAUAUUAAAGAAUUACUUUAUAAUUUAUUGGAAAAAAAUCCAAAAAAUCGUUUAUGUUCAUUAGAUAGUUUACGUCAAACAUCAUUUAUGUCAAAUAUUAGUUUUGAUCGUAUUUAUUCGAAAGUUUAUUCUCCAAUAACAAUAUUAAUGAAUACAAAAAUUGAAUGGCACAAUGAACUUAAAUUACAUUAUUAUUCUUGUGAAAAAGGUAAAAUAAAUGGAAAUAAAAAUCUCCAUCAUUCAUCUUCAUCAUCAUCGUGUCAACAACAAAAUCAUUAUGAAAAUCUUAAUGAUAAUUUCCUUCCAGAAUGA